AUGAACAGCAAGGACAACGGCACCAAGAGCGGGGAGUCCGGUCAGGGACAACGUCCAGCCCCCGGCCAAGGACGCAGUCAAGGACAUGACCAAGGACCAGGCCACGAGGAGGACCGCGAACACAGACCCGAAUGUGGGUGGGACCGGCGUCGGCACCAAGACUGGGGAUACGAAGAUCGAGACCGCCAGGUCCAAGACUGGCGACAAGAACUCGAAGAUGGACAAGUCCAGGGAGAGGGCCAACGCCGCGAACGAGAGGAAGUGAUAACGUUACAACAUGAACAAGCUGGAGCUGUUCGUCUCCACGAAGUCGGGCGAGUAGAAGACGACGUCCCCCCCCCCCCACAAAAACGGGAGCGCGACCAUCGAGGUGGACAAGGGCGGGUUCCUGGUCUCCGGCAGGAACAUCGGUGCGGAGCAGAGGGAGCUCGAGUGUGGUCCAAGGACCAGUUGGCCGUCAUCAGGCAGAUGGCCGCGACCACGCUCCAAGUGGCGCCCUUGACCGACACCAGACGCAGCGUCAUCGGCCCGAUGGGGGAUCAGUACUGCAUCGGGCUCGGCCCCCAGAAGUACGACACCACCGGGUCCCCGCGCUACUACUACGCGAACGUGGUUGACAAGGUCGACAUCAACGGCAACUGGCUGGUCAACCAGCGGACCUCGGAGGGGGUCGUGAGGGUCGUGAUCGAGUGCGUGUCCCACAACCUGCUCAUGCAGCAGAACAGGACCGGUUGGGAACACGAGCGGGCGUGGGCCUGCCGGUGUACGCGUUCGCGGCCUCCUGUUCAACACGUUGAAGACACAUCGUUCCUGGGCACCUUCGCGUGGAUGGGCGGCGAGUCGUUGCAGAAGACCAACACCCUCGUGGACGUGAUGAGGAUGUUGAAACGGCCGGUCAGGUCGUCCCUGUGCCUGGCCACCAUCGCCAUCUCGAUCACGACCACCCCGGCCAAGGUGAUCGAGGGGGAAGGCGACCCAAGACACGAGCAGCUACGGCCUGAGCAGUCUGACUACAAGCAGCGGUAG